AUGGCUGCAAUUAAUGUAUAUCAUACAAGUGUAACAACAGACAAUCUUAGUCGUAAUGAUAUUCUACAAUGGAUAAAUUCAGCACUUGAUGCUAAUUAUACAAAAAUUGAAGAUCUUUGUACCGGUGCUGCAUAUUGUCAAUUUAUGGAAAUGAUGUUUCCAGGCUCUAUAGGUUCAUUACAAUUAAAAAGAGUGAAAUUCAAUGCCAAAUUAGAACAUGAAAAUAUACAAAAUUUUAAAAUUUUACAAAAUGCAUUUCGUGCUGUACAAGUAGAUAAGAUUGUACCUGUCGAAAAAUUGGUUAAAGGAAAAUUUCAGGAUAAUUUUGAAUUUGUUCAAUGGUUUAAAAAAUUCUUUGAUGCGAAUUACACAGAUCCUCAUGAUUAUGAUCCUGUAGCUGCUCGUGAUGGACAACCAUUAGGUAGUGGUACGAAAGCUCUCGGUCCAGGUGCAACAAGUGGUUCGUCAGGCACUCGUGCACCACCUGCUGUUGCUGCUCGACCACCACCAACAAAGACUGUUGCUCCACCAAUAGCACGACCAACAACUACAACAAAACCCAUUCAACAACAACAGCCAAAAAUUUCUCCUGCUGCUCAUCGAGCACCAGCACCACCCGUACAACAACCUCCAGUUGCUAAUGAUCAUCAUCAAAAUACACGAGUACAUCAACCUACAGCUGGUAGUGAUCAUCAUCAUCAAAAUGCACGAUUACAACAAGAAAUUGAUCAUUUACAAGAUCUUAUUCAACAACAUGCUUCUCAAAUAGCUGGUUUAGAAAAAGAACGUGAUUUUUAUUAUCAAAAAUUACGUGAUGUUGAAAUGAUCUGUCAAGAACCAGAAUAUGAAUCAUCGCAACCAAUACAAAAAGUUCUUGAAAUACUUUAUGCUACGGAGGAAGGUUUUGCGCAACCUGAUCAAGAAAAUGCUAAUGGUGAUUUCGAUAAUGGAGACGGUCUUACUGUUAAUAAUGGUAAUGGUUCUGCUUUUGUCGGUGGUGAUGAUGAGACAUAUUAA